UGCAUGAUAUGAUUUAUUAGCAUGCUUUCCGUGUCAUCCUUGUCAUGAAAGCAACUCGGUGAUCACUAUAAAGUAUAUCUUUUCACACGGAUUGCACUGCAACCAAAAUUAACUCUCCUUACUACUCCUCUCCAAGAGCUUGCUGUUUUCUAGCUGUUGUUGCAUUGCUCAGCCAUGGAUUUGAAAGCUGAGGCUAACGCGGGAGAUACUGAGUUCCAAGCAGUGAAGAUUCCGAGACAAGGAGGAUAUAGAGCCACAUAUUUCAUCUUUGCAAUGAUGUUGCUGGAUAACAUUGGCUUUGUGGCCAACAUGGUAAGCUUGGUUUUAUAUUUCAUGAACGUCAUGCAUUUUGACUACUCUGGUUCUGCAACCACCACAACAAACUGGUUGGGUACUACUUUCUUGCUGACGAUCGUUGGAGGGUUCAUCUCCGAUACUUAUAUGAAUCGCCUCAACACUUGCAUCCUCUUUGGCAUAAUCCAGUUGUUGGGAUACUCCCUACUUGUGAUUCAAUCCCACGACAAAACACUUCAGCCUGAUCCAUGUUUAAAAUCAACAUGUGUGCAUGGCACUAAAGCUUUGCUGUUGUACGCUUCAAUAUACUUGCUAGCACUUGGUGGUGGUGGAAUCAGAGGCUGUGUACCUGCUCUCGGAGCUGAUCAAUUUGAUGAAAACAAACCAAAAGAAGGUGUACAACUAGCCAGUUUCUUCAAUUGGUUUUUGUUUAGCAUUACAAUUGGGGCCAGCUUAGGAGUCACCUUUGUAGUUUAUGUGAGCACGGAAUCCCAAUGGUACAAAGGUUUUAUCAUAUCUAUGUCAUGUUCUGCUACUGGUCUCAUUUUCAUUGCCUUGGGAAAGAGAUUCUAUCGUGCCAGGGUGCCGGGAGAGAGUCCAUUGUUAAGUGUUUUACAGGUGCUGGUGGUCACAGUAAAGAAUUGGAGGGUGAAAGUACCCUUGGAUUCUGAUGAGUUGUAUGAAAUACAAAGUCAUGAAUCUAAUUUAAAGAAAAAACUCAUCCCUCACACUAACCAAUUCAGGGUUCUAGACAAAGCUGCUGUUCUACCUGAAGGAAUUGAGGCAAGGAGAUGGAAAGUCUGCACAGUGACACAAGUGGAGGAAGUGAAGAUUCUCACAAGGAUGAUGCCUAUUCUUCUAAGUACCAUCAUCAUGAAUACAUCUUUAGCCCAAUUGCAAACCUUCUCCAUCCAACAAGGAACCUUAAUGAACACAUACAUUGGCAAACUGAACAUACCAGCAGCUUCCAUUCCCAUAAUUCCAUUAGUAUUCAUGACCCUUUUGAUACCGGUUUACGAAUUUGCUUUCGUACCACUUGUCCGGAGAAUCACCGGCCACCCCAAUGGAAUAACAGAACUACAAAGAGUUGGGGUUGGCCUUGUUUUGUCAGCAAUCUCAAUGGUCAUAGCAGGGGCGAUAGAGGUGAAAAGAAAGCACGAAUUCAAUGAUCAUAAUCAGCACCGUAUCAGCCUCUUUUGGCUCUCUUUCCACUAUGCAAUCUUUGGGAUAGCUGACAUGUUCACAUUGGUGGGGUUGUUGGAGUUUUUCUACAAAGAAGCUCCUCAAGGCAUGCGUUCACUUUCCACUUCCUUUUCCUUUCUUUCCUUGUCCAUUGGUUACUACUUGAGCACAGCUUUUGUUGAGCUCAUCAACUUGGUGACUGGUAAGAUUGCCAAGAGCAAGAAAGGGUGGCUAGAGGGACGUGACUUGAACCGAAACCAUGUUGAAUUAUUCUACUGGUUUUUGGCUAUACUCAGCAUAAUUAACUUUGUCAUUUAUCUGAUGUGUGCAAAAUGGUACAAAUACCAAAGUGUUGUACCAUUUGAUAAGGGAAUGUUGCUCAAAGAUCCACCUCCUCGUAAUGAUGAAAACGUCUACUCUACUAGCUUUGUGUCCACGGUUCAAAACAUUCCCCCGAAUGAAGAAAAAUAAAUGAGAAAACUCAGUUUCACGAGAAAUUAUUGUAUGGUCUAAAAUAAUGUUUUCUCCGAUUACAUUAUUUCACUUUUCAAUUAAUCUACACAUGACAUGAAAUUAUAUUUUUAUUAGUUUGUUAUAAAGAGUUAAUAAUGUGUCACGUAGAGAUUUAUCAAGACGGUAUAAUAUAUACUAUAUAAUAAUUUAUACCCACUGUCUUUAUUAUUGUAUUUUGAUGUGAUUCCUGAGUGUAUCUUUGGAAAUAUUCUUGUCAA